AUGUUUUUUCACUUGUUUAUGUACAUUAUUAUUGUAUCAACAAAUGUUUUAUGCAAUCAAGACGUUGAAGUUAAGUCCGAGGAAGACGUUGGUGUCAAAUAUGCGAAUAGAUGUGAAGUAUGCAAAAUUCUUGCCACUGAGUUACAAAGCAGGCUUGAAGAAACCGGAAAAGUACAUGAUGUGAUUGAAAUCGGCUAUUCGUUGGAUGAUGUACAGCCCAAAAAGAAAACUAAGUAUGAAAAAUCGGAGCUAAGGUUAAUUGAAUCCUUAGAAGGUGUUUGUGAAAGAAUUCUAGAAUAUAACAUACAUAAAGAGAGACAGGACAGCACGAGAUUCGCUAAGGGCAUGAGCCAGACAUUUAAAACACUCCAUGGUCUAGUAGAUAAAGGUGUUAAAGUAGACCUAGGUAUACCAUAUGAAUUAUGGGAUAAACCUUCAGCAGAAAUAACUCACAUGAAAACUCAAUGUGAGAGUCUUUUGGAAGAAAAUGAAGCUGCUAUAGAAGAGUGGUACUGGAAUCAUCAGGGAUAUAUAGAUUUAAAACAUCAUCUAUGCACCAAGAAUGCUUUGAAGAAUACCGAUGACUCUUGUUUAUUUGAAGAAUUGAUGGCUAACUUGAAAGGAGAACAACUUGAUCGUUCUGAACUUUAA